CGGCGGUAAAACUCAAAUUUAUUUAGAAAAGCAAAAUAGUCGAAACAUCAUGGCUGGAAAUUUAACCGAAGCAUUUAUCAAAGAAAAAUUACCGAUUUGCCCAAAUCAUGGAAAACCUUGUGUGUUGAAGACUGGUACAAAAAACAAUAAUACAUAUGGAAAGACUUUUUUUAUAUGCAACAAUGGUAAUAAUGGAUGCUCUUUUAAUAUACCAGCAAGUGAUAUUAGUGCAACAAGCUGUCCUAUUCAUAAACAAAUGGUUGAGCUAAAAGCUAUUUCAGUUAGGGAUGAUGGAAUGAGAUGCUAUUAUCGAUGUGUGUUUGGAAAGGAUGCUGGGAAGAACUGGUGUGGACAUGCUCUACUUCAAAGCAAACCUGUUUGUAAUCGUUUAAGGGAGGUUACUAAUGUUCAAGCAAAUAUUGAUAUAUCUUCAUCGUUUAAGCAACCUAAAAGUAUUGAAGUUUCUAAAGAAAAAAUUAAGGAGAGGUUGCAAUGUAGUAUAACAGACAAUACAAAAGAAUUUACACAUAAAACUGAUCAUGCUAACCCAAAUCACAAAAAAGAAUCUCUUACCAAUAUAUAUGAAAAGCCAAUUAAUAAACAAAAUCAAUUUAAUAUACCUCCAACAUCCGAACUAUCUUCAGGUUUAGAUAAAUUAAUAUCUACUGACUCUAAUGUUAACUUUUUACAAGAUUCUUUUUUCACUUCUCGUACAGCCUGUGUUAGUGACAUUUCUGAUGCCAGUUCCCUUGAUUCUACUCGUUCAUCAAUUAAUAUUAGCAAUAAUAGUUUUCAAGAAUCUAGUAGAAAAGAUACUUGUAGCUAUGACAGUGUUUGCCAAUCAUCAAACGAUUUAGUGAAGGCUGCAGAUCAACAUAAUAACAACAAAAAUAUUGAUGCCAUUGAACAUGUCAGCAUAUCUGACAAAAACAAACAAACAUUGAAUCAUAUAACAGCAAGAAAAUCACCUAUAACAGUUAUAGAUUUAAGCGAUUCAGAAGAAGAAAUUGAAGAAACUGUAUCUAAGGAAAGACCAAUAUCGAAAGCAUCUUUAGCAGAGUUGCAAUCAAAUAUACAAAAACAAACAAUCUUGUUACAUAGAAUUGGCCCAGUUUCUGUUGAUGGUGGACGAAAAAUUCGAGAAAAUAUUGAUAAGUUGUCAAUGGAAUUUCAAGAAUUGUUAAAAAAGAAUUCGUUAAAUGAAAAAUCAGGCGAUCAGAAAACAACAGAAUUAUCUGAACAAUCUAAGAUGUCAUUAAAGCAGUCAUCAACAAUUAAUUUGGAGUAUAAUUAUCCACAAUCAUUAUUACAAGAUUUUCAUUACAAACGUGGAGCACCUUUAUUUAAUGGUCCAAUGACUCAAACAAAGUUGAAAGAUGUAGGAAGGGUUACAAAAGAGGCAGUUGAACAACUUCAUAAGUCACUUGAUUCAUGCCCAGCUCCCAAUGAAGAAGCAGAUGAACCAAAAGGUUUAAAUGUAUCUUUAAUGACACAUCAAAAGCAAGCACUAGCUUGGUUAAUAUGGAGAGAAAGACAAAUUCCAUCUGGGGGAAUUUUAGCUGAUGACAUGGGCUUAGGAAAAACUUUAACCAUUAUCUCAUUGGCUCUUAAAAGUAAACAAGAAAGUCUAUCACAAAUAAAAGAACCUGUUAUUAAUUCACAACUAGUUUUUUCAAAAGCAACACUUAUUAUAUGUCCUGCUUCUCUUGUUCACCAAUGGCAUAAAGAGAUUGAAAGGCGUGUAGAUAAAUUAAAGUUGACAGUUUGUGUGUAUCAUGGAUCAACAAGAGAAAAAAGGAUUAAAAAGUUAGCAUCAUAUGACAUGGUACUAACAACAUACAAUAUUGUCAGCAUUGAGGGAAAGAAUUUUGUGGAUAAAGACAAAGUAAAUACUAAAAAGAAUCAGUUGUCUGAUUGGUUAGAGACAAGUGCACCAAAAAAUGCUGAAGACGGACCUUUAUUUAAAAUAUUUUGGAGGCGCGUAGUUCUUGAUGAAGGUCAUACUAUUAAAAAUCACAAAUCUGGAUUAGCUAUAUCUUCUUGUGCAAUUGAAACAGAAAGUCGUUGGAUAGUAACAGGCACUCCUAUUCAAAACAAAACAUUGGAUUUAUAUUCACUUAUUAAAUUUUUGCGAGUAUCACCAUUUGACGAGUAUAAAGUUUGGAAAAGAGAGGUAGAAAGUAACAGCAUGGCUGCAACACGAAGACUCAGUUCGCUUGUAAGCAGUUUAUUGCUGCGAAGAACAAAAGACCAAACAAAUAAAGAAACUGGAAAAAAACUGGUAGAUUUGCCAAAAAAAAGUACCAUAGUGCACAAAAUUAAGUUAUCGGAAGAUGAAUCAUCAGUAUAUGAUCUAAUUCAAAAAUUUUCAAAAAAUAUGUUUACACAAUACCUGCGUAAAGAUACAUCAGCAAAUAAUGAUUGUAAAGCCUCUGUUGGAAUGCCAAGUGAUGUUCUUGGGUUGAACAUUGAGGAAGCUCUUGCAAUGUUUGGUUUGAAAAAUGUUUCUGCUGUAAAUGCAGGUUGCAUAUUAGUACUUGUUUUAAGAUUACGCCAGUGUUGCGGGCAUUUGAGUUUGAUGUGUGAGGCUGUUGAUCCGGACCUGCAAAAGAGUGAAGGAAUUGAUCUACCAUUAGAUGAACAUUUUGGAAAUCUUUCUAUUCAUCAAGAUUUGUUUGAAAAGCAAAAUUCACGUCCAAGAGAAUUAUUACCUAGUUUUCCAAGUACUAAGAUAAAGGCAUUAAUAAAGUGUUUGAAAGACUUGCAGUAUCAAUCAUUAGGAACCAAGUCGAUUAAAAGUGUUAUUGUAUCUCAAUGGACUCGCAUGUUAGAAAUUGUAGCAGAUCAUCUUAAGAAACAAAUGUUUAAGUUGGAUUUUAUAACAGGAAGUGUAUCAGCAAAAAAUAGGUCUGAUAUUGUUGAAAAGUUUAACAAUGAUGAAGAUCUCCAGAUAUUACUGAUUUCUUUGAAAGCUGGAGGUGUUGGAUUAAAUUUAGUUGGAGGAUCCCAUUUGUUUCUGCUUGAUCAACACUGGAACCCUGCUUUGGAAGAACAAGCAUGCGAUCGUGUUUACAGAGUUGGACAACAAAAUGAUGUAGUCAUCCAUAGAUUCCUCUGUGAAAAUACUGUUGAAGAGAGAAUAGUAAAACUGCAAGAACAGAAAAAAUCUUUGGCUAACAAUGUUCUUUAUGGCGAAAAAUCGCAAAAGCUUACUUUGGAUGACUUGAAGAUGUUGUUUGGUAUAUCACAAUUUAAAUAAUGUACUCAUAAAUAAUUUUAUUUAUAAUUUAAUAAAAGCAGAUUUUUUCUUAA